AGAGAGUUCAAAAUGACAAGUAUGUAUAGAAGUUAUUAUUUACGAAUAACUGUGAAGUGUUUUAUCAAAUAGGAUAUAUUCCAAGCACUGAUUGUGACAGUUUUAUUCACUAAACAGAAGAAUUGAACUUUUAAUGGUAAGAUUAAGGCUACAGCUAAACAGUGAUUAUAGUGGCAUUGGAAUUUUUCAGCUUCGCCACGUUUGCCUAUGUGUUCCCUGGAAAAAAAACAAACAUGUUUAACAGCAGUUCAAUGAAAACAAGUCGGCUAAAGAACUAUGAGAUUGUGGGGGGUGUGUUUUUUUUUUUUUUUUAUUUUUUUUUUUUUUUUUAAUGUAUUUUUCUACAUCUUGGUAUAUUGUGAGUAAAACAAACUCCUCCUCCUUCUCAAAACAAAAUUACAACUGCUUUACAGGAAUGUCUACGCAUUUUCGGCAACUUAAAAGACUACUAUAGUGCCAGGAAAACAAACUACUUUUCCUGGCAGUAUAGGGUUAUUAGGUGUCCCCCCACUUACCUUUUAUGCAGCGCCAGGCAACUCUCUGGCUUUUUUUAUUUAUUUUUUUUUUUAUGGUUUGUAUUAAAUGUCCUAUUUCUAAUUACAUCUCUAGGUUUCUGCUCAUACACCUAGCCAGUAGCCUACACACAUUUGCAAUUCUAGUUAUAAUAAACUUCACUCUGCAGCUUCUUUGACACACUAUGGGAGGGGGUGCAUUCUACUAGUGUGUAACUUGUCAACAUGUUGUCUGGAAUAUUUUUUUUUUAUUUAUUUUUUUAACAGGUCUUGUUCUGGCUCAAUGGGACCUAAAGAAAAGUGCAAAUGCUUUGGCUCAUAUGACUAGUGACUUUAUCACUAAGCAACUUGUUGUGCGAAGAGGACAGGGCUUUAAUGUUACUUGCACAUUCAACAGGGCCAUGACUGAUGAGGAGAGUCUAUCAUUCACCGUUGAGCUAGGUAAUGUUCACUAACUGAUGACUUUGUAGCUAUGAUUUAAUAAGCUUUCAAUUCAUGGCCUGGUUUCCCCUUACUUAGGGCAGUGUGCUUCUUAUUUCAGAAGAUGUUACUCUACUGACGACUGACCUGCAUGUAAAUUAUGCCCAACAGAUGCUUUCAUGGAUGCCUUCUUGUUUAGCAUUAUAUCUGUAUGUAAAUGACAAAGUUUGAAUGUAUUAACAAGAGCGCUUCUUUUAUCGAUUUACCCCUUCAACUACAUGCUAGCUCCUGACAUACUAAAUAUCGCACAGCCUCUGAGCAGGGCCUAGAUUGGGCCAAAAACUUAGCCAGAGCAUUUAUAGGCCGUGUGGUCUGCUGGCUUCUAACGUAGUAUUCCCUAAAGUGAGAAUUCAAAGUCAACUUUGACUUGAUGGUCAAAACUACCAAACUGAGAAUUCUCCCAAUCUUAUUGGCUACUCAGACUUUUAGGAGCGUUAAGGUCCAAACAGCUUACGAGGUUAUUGACUUUGCUUGGUCAGUUGGUCCUUCCAGUCUAAGAUCUAGUUCAGGAGUAGGCAACCUUUGACACUCCAGAUGUUGUGAGCUAAAUCCACCAUAAUGCUGGCAAAGAACCAAAAGAACUGUAGUCCACAUCUGGUGUGCUGAAGGUUACCAAACACUGGUCUGGGUCCAUGGUUUGGUUUUAUAAUACCAGCUGUAGCAGAGCACCUGUAACUUAGAGUGGUACCUCAGUCAUAGCUCUCCCAGAUCCCUGAAGGCACAGUAGCAUUGUAGCUAUUGCGUACCUGAACAUCAGGCGUGUCUUGAUGAAGAGUAAACUGAAUGGAUUUAUUGGAGGAAAAGACACAGGUUUGCAUACAGACUCCCCAGAAUGGGUUCUCUAUUCAAUACAAGGUAAGCUUGCCCAUGUGCCUCUGUUUCGGAGAUAAUUGAGCGCUCCGUUAACCUAUCGUCUGGAUAUAGAGGGAUCAACACCAGAAUGACCCUGAACCUCUACAAAAUAGCAUUUUUAACCCCACAUGCAAUCCAUCUCCAGAAAGGUCUGACCCAAGCGCUCAUUCUGUGAAAAUGGUGCUUGGAUCCAUGAGGUAUUGUCAGAAUGCCACUGGGUUAAAUUUUAUUUUUUUUUUAUUUUUUUUUUUGGUUGGCAGCUAUGAAUGUUCUGGAUGAAUAUGGUUCCAGGCAUUCAUGUGUUUCCUGGUGAUUUUCGUGGGAGCUCUAGUUUGAGGCAAGUAAGCUUCUGCCUGCUUAUCAGUAGUGAUUUGCUGCCCUGAGUAGCAUCAACCCCCUAAAAAGCAGCUUCCUAGGCUAUUGGGAAGUGGUGGAAACUGAUCAGGGCAAAGCACUGGUGAUGGCUGAGACGACGUUCUAGGGCAAACAUGGGUAGCUCCCGCAGGCUGUGUUCCUUCACUCUAGCUCGUUGUAGGUAUGACAAAAGGGGUGCUGGAUGGCCCACACAUAUGGGGCUAUGAGGACUACAGGGAUGGUGGUGAUUGGUUUUUCAGGUGAGUUCUUUACUCCAGCUUAGACCACAAACUAUGGUGUAACUGACACAUACAAAGCAGAGAUGAAAGUACAAAUUUGGAUGCAAGGUAACACUAAGGACUUGGUAACCCACAAAUUUAAGGACUGGGAGAAAGACUAACAGAAAUCAAACUUGACUUAAAAGUGGAUUCUAACUCCUUCAUAUUGUAAAAUGAAUAUCAUGGGAGUUUUAUUCUUGUUUCUUGUCAAUAAAUUUAACAAGAUGCAAAAACUCCAUCUCGCAUUCUUGUUACUAUGGUGUCUUGACAGUAGAUGGCAACAAUAGACUUAAGGUGAAAGGGGAAAACCACACACUACUGGCAACUAGUAGGAGAAAUUGUUUCAGAUGCUUGUAUGAGUGAAGCUGUGAUUUUUCUUUUAGUGCAACCAAUGUAUGUGUAAAAUAAAGUUGUAUGCAUGUCUUACACAUUCAUACUGAGGACAUCUUCAAAGUAUGUAACCUGCUUGGAAUAACACAAAAUAUUUCUCUAUUAGGAAAGUCUCCAUCAGAAGCAAGGAAUACUCGGGCUGUUAUGAAAGUUUCCAGCACUGGGAAUAAAAACUCUUGGAAUGCCACAUCUUCACCUAGUACUGACAUUUCUGAGACCAUUACCAUCAAUAUACCGGCUACGGCAAUCGUUGGGUGCUAUCGACUGAGUCUGCAGGUGACAAGUUCAGGGACUUCUACUACAAAUAGUCUUGGAGAAUUUUAUGUGCUCUUCAAUCCAUGGGCAACAGGUAUGGGGAAAACCCAGAUGUGUAUGUGUGGUUCCCCCACUUAAUGAGAAAAGACUCCUAUAUUUUUAUUCACUCUUUGUAGAGGAUGAAGUGUAUAUGGAGAAUAAAGAAGAAAAGGAAGAAUAUGUUAUUGAAGAAAAUGGACUGAUUUUUGUUGGCAGUGAGGAUAAUUACAGUGGCAGACGGUGGGCCUAUGGUCAGGUAAUCGUGUUUUUUUUGUUUUUCUUUUUCAGAUUAGAAAUUUCAAACCAAUAUGAGAAUUUAACAGACUAUAUAAAAAAUCCAUAGCCAGUAGAACAAACUAAUGGUUAAAUUAUAAAUUGUGGGUCACCUUCAAUUCUUAAUUAUUGGUCAGUUUGACACAAAAUAAAAACUGACCACUGUCCCAGAGAUAAUCUUGAUGUGGAAUCUACACUCCUGUAUUUUCAGUGCCUCUUCUGGCCAAUCUGGAAUGCAAUGGUAGGCUGAGGGCAAGUUAGGAAUUCUUCUUCAGCCUAGACUUUUUCGCUCUGUAUAGUCUUGUCAGAAUGCAUUUUGCUCAAAAGGUUUUUCAAUCUUUCAUCAAUACAGGUCAUCUCAAUUAGUUACAUGUAUAGAUAUUUAAUUCAAGUAUUUUCUGCUUACAUAUGGUAGAUGGGCCCAAGAGAUUACUCCAGAACAAUGCCAGACUAGGAAACAAUUGGCCAGGGCAUUUUCUAAUUCGAGACCCCCACUGGUAGGGGGUGGGGCCAGAAAGGGCAUGUUGUGUAAUCAAUGACAAGCACCCCCUCCACUCAAAAGUGAGCAUGUUCGUUCAGAAGGGAUCUGCUUUAAAAGCCUUUGAGGUCAAGUCUCAGGAUAAAAUGAGCACUGCCAUAGAGCUGAAAGUUCUUCAACAGAGGAAUAGAAAAAGGAAGUCCCUAAUAGACUUUUAUGGUGUUAAGGGAUCAUUUGUUAGGGGGUAACCCUUUAAUUACACACAUUCUGGACAAUGUCCAGUGGAUACAAAAGGAUCCCUAAUAGAUAUAAUCAAAAUAAUUGAAGGACUUCCAAUAACAAACAUUUUAAACCAACUAAGUGGCUCUGCAGGUGGAUAGGGGAGAGAAUGGGUGGGGGGAAGAUAUAGGCUGAAGGGGAUGGGAGUAUUAGUCAGAGGUAUAGCCCUAUAUCGGUGCAAAAAUCAAACACCAUGAUCUUCACCACGUCUGCCUAAAAAUCACUGCCUUUUGUGGUUAAGAGCAAAACUGUACUGGAUAGGAUCCAAGGGGAUCUCUGUAUAAUGCACCACUAUUGGACACCCUUGUCUGGCAGAAUGGAAUCCUCCUGUCUUUAUUAAAACAGACUGUUAAGAGCGCUAGCAUAAUGUACAGCUAAUACUGGUCCUUGGUUACACGACUAAGACUAGAUGUAUUCCUCUCGUCAACUUGAACUGGUAGGAGAUGCUCUAACCCUCCCACCUAACCUCAAUGUAGCUGGACCAUGGCAGGUACUCUUCAUGUUCUUCUGCGCUUUGACAGGAACUCUGAGCACCAUGUAGCAAAAAUAGACACCGGUCAUACAUCACAACUUCUCUUGUCUCUUGGAGCUACCUGUCAGACAAGACAGAGGAAAGAUCAAAGGUCCCAUGUGGCCACACCACAGUGGGACUGUGCAGGGACGUGUGCUGUGGGCCCACCAUGUUGGUAUAAUACACAUCUUUCCUGUAACUUCAACUGUAAAAUCUCUGCAUUAUGCAGAUUCUAUCUUCUCCCUUUCUCUUCAAUCUGACACUGGGAUUUAAAAAAAAAAUUAAAAAAAAUUAUAUUUUUUAACCUGUAGUUCGAGGAAGAAAUUUUGGAAACCACAUUUGCAUUGCUUGACAAGAGUUUGGAUGCCAAGAGGGACCCUAUUGCUGAUCUCUCAAAGAGAAAUAGUGCCAUAUAUGUUUCCAGAGAGUUAAGUGCUAUGGUGAGUAUAAUUGGGGGGAAAAAAACAAAAAAAAACUUGUCUGCUCAGACACUUCAACGUAAACUAAUUUUACGAGUAAUUAAACAUUUUAAAGGGGAGAGGUUUGUCACAUCCUGUAACUAACUUUAUUUUUUGUUUUCGAUCCACAGGUGUGGUAUAUAACAUUUCCAAGCAUAAGUAGCAAGCUAGUAUACAUAUCUGUAAACAAACAAACCAUGAAUAGAAGUUGUAGGUUAUUUUCAGGCUACUUUGACUAUUUCUAUUACUAUGGACAAUUGACUUGCACAUACAGACUACUCCUCGUUUGAGGAAUAGCAGACUUGGACAGUUAUAUUUUAUAGCUUGCCAAGCCAGAUGUUGAGUGUUGGGUUAUUUGGAAAGUCUAUAUUUUCCACCUGACAUGGAUAUAACCAAACAACCCCUUAAAGUUAAGGCACAAAAUGAGCCUCUUGCCUAACCUUACACUCAACCAGUAUGUUGCCCUCUUUAAAAUGGACUGUAUGAAAAGUUCCUAUAAUGGGUAGCUUCUGUCUGGUCAUUUGACUGAAUUACAAGGAUAAAACAGGCUGGAUUGUUGGCGUAAGAGUGUAACUGUAACUUUUUUUUGGGGAUGUUUUUGCAGGUGAACAGUAAUAAUGACAAAGGAGUUAUUUUGGGAAACUGGAGUAAUAACUAUGCUGGUGGUGUGAGUCCUGCUGAAUGGAAUGGAAGUGUCCGAAUUCUCCGUCAGUGGCACUCUAGAGGACCAGUUGCGUUCGGUCAGUGUUGGGUAUAUGCUGGUGUUCUCUGCACAGGUAUGACACAGCCUUACACAUUAACGACUUUUCAUGGACUUUUUUUAAAAGUGCUAUUAGGGCACAGCCUGUCAAACUAAAGUGACUAGGAUAUUUACGUUUGGUCUUUUGUAAAGUUGCAAGUUAUAUUCACGUUCACUGGUUUCUGUUGCUUGUAUCACAAGUUUCUGUAGUUAGAAAUAUUAGUCUGUUUAAAAAAACAAAACAAAAAACUUUUUUUUUUUUUUUUUUGAGGGGUGUGGGAGGAAGUAAUCCCAGGAGCAACCACUCCUGUUCUCUGCUCAAUGUUCUGGUGUUGUCCCUGCUGACCUUAUUUACAAAUCAAAAUCACAUGGAGACACAAUUAUAUUAAACAGCUAAAUUAUCCAAAUAUAGGAUGAACAGUAAAUUAUAAUCACUUUAUUAUGCACAAAAGAACUAUAGUGAUAAACAAAAUAACAGAAGUAGAGGUAAUACAAUGGUACAAUACCAAAGAAUCUUGGUGUUUAUAUGGCUUGCACCUAGCUAUUUAAUAUAAUUGUCUCUCCAUAUGAUUUUUACCAAAAAAGUCAGCAGGGACAACACCAGAACAUUGAGCUAAGAAGAGAAAAGGAGCUGUUGCUCCUGGGAUUACUUCCUCCCACCCCCUCCAAAAGGGAGGUUUUUUGUUUUUUUAAACACUCUAGUAUUUCUAAAUACAGCAACUUGUGAUACAAGCAACAUAAACCAGUGAACUCUAAUAUAAUUACUGUUUAAAGUUGUUAUAGUGUGCAUCCUAUCUUUGGUCCCUGCUGACCUUAAACCUGUCACUGCUCCCUUUUUCUCAAAGCUUCUGGAAAAACUUAUCUUUAUACGUAUGUCUCUCUUCCUCCUUUCCAACUCUCCUUGACCCUCUUCAAUCUGGCUUCUGCCCUCUCCACUCUGACACUGCUCUUAUCAAAAUUACUAACAACCUAAUCGCAGCUAAAUCCAAAGGCCACUAGCCCUUGCGCUAAGGGUGCACCAGGGGCCUCCUGGUACCAUAACAGAACUUAAUCUUUAUGUGCCUGUAGUACCCCUUAGAGCGAUUUUCUCUAAUGCACCUUCUGCAACAGACCAUCAUACAUGCACUAUUGGGUGUCUUACAAGUGCUAACAAAUGUCCUGUAAAUUCUCCUAAUGUGCAAAACCUGUCUUUUUCUCUCUCCCCACUCCCCUAAAGUUCUCCGUUGCAUAGGGAUCCCAGCUCGUGUGAUCUCAAACUUUGAAUCUGCUCAUGACACAGACAGGAAUCUCCUUGUCGAUCAUUACUUUGAUACAGAUAGAAACUCCCUGGACUCUGCUGACAGUAUUUGGUAAGAUGUGUGUACACUUGUCCAACUGUACUGGAUUGCUCUGGCUCUGAAUUUGUUCCUACCAUGCAGUUUUUCUUGCAAAGAGAAUACUACAUGCAAAUUCUAAAUGUACUUUUUUUUUUUUUUAACAUAAAUUAGUUGUCCGGUUCUUCCAAUUGGCAAAUGUCUUUCCAUGCUGAGGUAACAGCUAUUUCAAUUUAACAGGAAUUUCCAUGUAUGGAAUGAAGGUUGGAUGAAGAGAAAGGACCUAGGAUCUUCUUACGAUGGGUGGCAAAUACUGGAUGCAACACCACAGGAACCUAGCAAAGGUAUUAUGGUCAUAUACUGAGCAAUAUGAGUUGUUGUGGCUUUAUAUACCGCUUGUCUCCAAUUUCUUUUUGAAAUUGUGUUGUCAGAAGGACUUUGCAGCUAUAGUCUCUUGUAGAGGAGACACUUCUGUUCUAGGUCUCCCAACUCAUAAAAUUAUGGAAAUAUUCUAUUGGUGGGAAGUCUAUCAAGGCAGAAAUGGGUGGAAAUUCUGGGGCAAAGUGCUAAAUAAGGAGCUAUUUGCGAUGGGAACCAAUAAAAUAACACAAGGACCAUCUGAUUCUCUGUAAUUUAAAAAAAAUAUAUUUUGUUAUCGGUCCUACAGUUGCAUGCAUGAAGGGUGAAGGAAAUAUGCCAGAAGAGAUGUUUAAUCUUUAGUGAGGGCCAGAGAAACUUAAAGCACGACUGAGAUUUAUAGGAAUAGAAUUGAGGGAACAGGUGUCCCCUUCUGGCAUGGCGGGUGCAAAUGAGCUUAGAACAGUGAGGCAUGGGUAGGGGAAGUAUUGGUAGGAGAGAGAAAUCUUGAUCGCACAAAUCUUCAGUGAAGUGACAACUUUAUUGUGGUCAAGUUAGGGGUGUGUGGGUUUUUUUUUUGCAGACCCAAUAUAUCAUGGGGUUCCUCAACCCAGUUACCUCUUUACUCUCUGCAGGGUGAUCCUGAGUCUCCGCCACCUGGGAGUUGGGGUUCAUGAUUGUGGCAGUGCCUCCUCCCAGUGGGUGGAUGUGGGCUCCCACUGGGAACAUAACUGUAGCUUCUCACUCAUGUAGAGAAGUAUAAUUCUGUAUUACACAGCCAAACACUAUAUACAAUUAAAUAAGAGGUAACCAUACAUGACAGGCAAUGACCCACAUGUAUUCCACAACAUGGUUGAAGUAAAUGCUUACACUGGUCAGAAAACUGAAGACCUGGGUCUGUUAAUGUGGUCUGCCUCAAUGUGCUUUGUGGUGGUACAGGGGAAAGACUAUUUUUAGUUUACCCUCAGAUCAGUUCACCUGUCACAGCAGCCUCUGCUUCAAACAGCUCUUGCAUCCAGGUCUGGUUGUAUCUAUUUGCGGGGUACUCCUCUGGCUGUCUCUGUAAUCCUGUGAACACUGGGUCAGAAAAGGCCUCAGUCCUUAGGCCCAACAAUUGCUUGACAGUGCACUUUCUCUGCUUGUAUCAGCUCUGCCCUAACUCCAAAACAAAAUGGAAUGGUUGUAGUCAGCCAUGCACUCUGAAGCUUGCCAUCUGCUGGUCACCACACAAUUGCAGGGUACAGUAGAACCAGAAUUCUAUAAUCCCAGAGAGGUUACAAGUUUUUGGGUUAUCGGGCAAAGUGUACUUCGAGAGUUUUAAAGUAGUAGUGCAGAGGAAAAUGCUAAACUAAGAGUGCAGUAUAAACUUGCAGUGGAGGAAGUCGUGUGUAUGUUAAAGCUGAAAUUCAUUGAUAUGCAUAUCAAACCUCUACAGUGCUAUUCCAUAUCUAAACCGUGUCUGAUCUGAUAUUAAUCUAUGCCUAAUACACCUAGGUGGUGUGAAGUAGUAGUACUCUUUAGAGUGCCCCAUCUGACUUUGGUUAUUUUCUAAUGGUUUUUGUUCAAGCACUCUAUGGUAGUGUUAACAGAUAAUAUUCUGUCAACCCACCACCAAAGACUCUCUCCACUUCUAGCAAUCUGCACCUAAAAUAGCACCUGUUUUUUUUUUCUAAUAUUUAAAAUUAGUUUUUUUUUUUUUUACACCUCUGUUCUGAUGACCUGCACAUAUCAUUUAAUUUUUUUUAAACUUUUAUAUUUUAUAAUUUUAUCUCUUAGGCAUUUUCCGCCUUGGACCAUCAUCACGAAAAGCUGUCAAAGAGGGUGAUGUCAAUCUUGAUUUUGACAACCAUUUUGUGUAUGCAGAAGUGAAUGCAGACAUAGUAGACUGGAUUCUAAAGGAAGAUGGGUCCCGUGUGAAAAUAUACACCGACUCUAGAUCCGUGGGGCAACGUAUUAGCACGAAGGCAGUGGGUGCCUUCUCACGUGUUGACUUGACAAACGAGUACAAAUAUGCUGAAGGUGACUAUGCAGAAUAUUAAGCUUUUUAACCAGUUCUGUUUAAAACCGAAAGCAAAACCAUGCUCUAUCCCAAAUCCCUAUGAAAACUUAAAAUAUUUUUGGUUUCUGUUCUAUGUAUUUGAAUACUGGAACCACUUUUGCACCCAGAGAUGGAGUUGAAACACAGGGUUAUAUUUGUGUAGUUAGGUGGGGUUGUAUUCUGUGGAGUGCUGGCAAUAGGCUUCUUCUGGCAUCAAUACUGCAAAACCUACCCCUCCUGCCACCCCACGUGAACGCAAUAGGAACUCCGUCCCUUUUCUCUCUUAAAAUUUCUAUUUUAUAGACAAUCUUUGUAUAUCUAGAGUAUAACUUUAGUGAAAUUCAAGCACAAAGUAGUGACUAUUUUUGUCAUGGUGUAAAUUUCUUACUUUUGACAAAAUAACUUUCCUUCCCCUGUGGCCAAUGGACACCCAAUAGAGCCAUCCACAUCAGGUCUCUGUAAAAUAUGUAAAGACCCCAAAGAUUACCUAUUCCUUUGACUGCAAUGUUAUUGCAAUAAAGCAGAUCUACAACAUCUGUCAUUUGUCCAUCUCUGUAGAUAGACUAUCAACUUCUAUGAUGUUUUGACAAAGGCUGGGAAAGUGCUGUUCUAUAACACCCAGGGAAUCUCUUUUGCCCAGCCCUGAAUUGGGGUGUAGUUGAACUCAAAAGAUGAGCACUGACACUGCAGCAGUUGGUGUGCCAAAUAUGAAUCCGCACCAUCACUGUUAAAAUUACCAUAGUCCAUCUGGAAAAACUUUUAAAGUCUGUUAUAAUUCUAGUUUUACUGCUUGGAAACCCACUCUCUUGAAUAAUUGAUGAUUUAUUAAAGAACCUGGAGUAGGGCCCUCUACCUGUUGGAUCAGUCUGUUCUUAUUGUAUUGUCUUUUCCCAAUUGUACAGCACUGUGGGAUAUUUUGGCACUUUAUAAAUACCAGUAAUGAAUAAAAUGAUGCAUGUAAUACAAGGAAUUGCAAUGACUUUACAAAAUCCUCUCUCCUGCUUGGGUCCACGUUGUGUAGCAUUCACAUCAAACUAUAAAUUUUAAUUCUAUAUUCACAAUGUAGUAAAGGAACAUUCCCUUAACUAUACCCCAAAGAACAUACGCAUGUGGUUUCUUGGCGUAAUAUGAAGCCUUGGCUUGCAAUAGCUGUAGCUACUGCAAGCCCUCCUGUCUUCCAACCCAGACUCUUUUUGUUCCGGUCUUCAGAUUUUCCCCAUACAAUUCAAUGAAAAGUCUUUGCAAGGCAGAUUCUCUGGGCAACUGCCUGCCUCUUGAGUUUAGCUCACGCUGAGCUAACCAAACCAGGAAGUAACCCAACCAGUUGUCUGACACCCACAGGGCUGUAGCUAGGUUAAUUUGAAUAGACCUGCACUUUAAUAAAUUAUUACAAAAUGGUCUUGGAAAAAAUGACACUAUUCAAGCUGAAGUGCUGUUUUUGUAGUGUUUAUACUUGAGAACUUGGCGACACCCUGAAAUCAUUGCAGUUGGUUUAAUAGAAGUACACUCUUUUGCAGAUACCAGAAAAGAGCGAGAAAUAUUUGAGAAGGCUCGGAAAAUAAUGCUUAAGAUGGAUUCUAUACCUAUGACCCGAAACCCAGCAGCAGGACCUGCAAUGGGAACUGGUCCAGUAUCUGAACAUGCAGAAGCCCCUCUGCCAAAACCAGACUUCACGGGUAGCUUCACAGUGAGCAAAGAGACACAAGUUGGAGAAGAGAUCCACUUUAUUCUAACAUUAAAAAAUACUGCUGGUGACUCAAAGCAUAUUAAAGCAAACAUGACUGCCAUGGCAAUCUUAUAUACUCGAGCACCAGUCAAAGAUAUCCUAAAGGACGAGCAGUCUGUCAGUCUGGGACCGAAUGAAGGUAUGAUUGCUGUGAAUGUCGGUGCUUAUAUUGUUCUGUGUAUUGUGUACCUAUCUAAAUGAGGAUGGUAAACCUUCAGGACCCAAUGUUAGCUUUUUCUCUGGGGGCUGUACUUCCAGACGUUCAACACUUCUACACUGAACCUAGACUAUGAGAAUUAACCUAAUUUCACCUAGUCAAAGCUUUGCUGUUACAGGGGUGGGGAAGAGAUCCUAAAUCUGUGCUACUUAAAAUAGUUUAGAAACCAAAAGUGUAGAAUAGAAACAGAACAAAUGGGUAGAUUUGGUUUUAUGCAAUAUACAUUUAUCAUAAUAUAUAAUUUUUUUUCCCUUUGAGACUGGGCAGGUGAAACUCGUGUAUAUGGUCUCUGUAGACCAAUCAUGCACUCUGAGUAACUUAGACUCUUUAUUUUUUUUUUCUCUCAAAAUAAUCCAUGACAUUCUGAAAACUGCCCAUUUGCAAAACCUUACUGUACUUUCUACUUCCCUGUGAAACUGGCUGUUUAAAGUGUGUACGUGCAAAGAAUCUAACUAUUUUUUUUUUCCUUUCAGAGAAGAACAUACCACUUACUAUAGCAUAUUCCCAGUAUAGAAAUGCCAUCACAGUGGACAACAUGAUCCAAGUGGUGGCCAUUUGUGUGGAUGACAAUGGAGGGCAGCUAAUGACUUCUUCAGUGGCUAUAUUGAAGAACCCACCACUGUUGCUAAAGGUAGUAAUGGCAUUCUGCCUCACCAAGGACUAUGCUAAUAAACUAAAACCGAUCAUCAAAAUCACUCUACAGAAGUUUGUUCCAUUUUAAAUAUGGGGUAUUUUAUGCCUCUCUUGAGCUUUGUCUGAAAGUAAUUGGCAGGUAUCUUUCUCCUAGAUGGUCAAGUCAACAGACAAGAAUAAAUAGGGAGACUUUAGUUUUCUGUGAACAGAGGGAUUGAUGUUCACACCCACUGACUCUUAAGACCGUUUUAGCCAUCAACUAAGUCAGGUCAAAUUAGAAUAUGGGUUCCUUUAUCAUAAGAAAAUCUAAUCAACCCUAAAAAAAUUGUGAUAAAAAUCACUUCAUUACAGCAGGGAAUAUUGCAAACUGCUAUCAUGUGAACAAAUAUAAACCUCCACUAAAACCAGGUUUUAUAAGCCAGUAGAAUAGCCACACAAUACUCCAAAUACAAACCCUCAUGGAAUUCGGGGGAAAGGUAGUGAUCCAGAAGCCUAAAAACACAAAGGCUAGGAAAAAUACAAAUGAAAAUAUAAUAACCUAGUGGAUAUAAAAUCAGAUGGUACAUAACCAAUAACUUCAGUUGAGCUCCACUGUGGCAGCCAAAAGCCUCCUGACAGUUUUGUGGAUAAAUGCCAACUCCUUAACUGUGACAAAGGACUGGCAUGGCAUGUUAAAAUCGAUGCAGUCAAAGAUCAGGGUUUGAAGGUUAUGUUGCCUUGUAGUUCAACCAUGUAAGAACAAACAAAGGUAAUGAUAAAUUUACUGUUGCGAUGUAAAUACAGCUGUCCAUUUGAGAAACGUUCUGGCAUUAGUAUUUUCUUCACAAAUGGGAACAGCACCCUCACUCACACAGCACACACAUAUAUAUUUAUUAUAAUAACCCUCAGUGAGUUAACAGAAAAAGAAAAUUAGAAACCUAGAAUGUGACAGCAGAUAAAAACACCCUCACACACAGCACCCCUCUUACUUACACACACUGUGCCCCUCACACAUACAAUAAGUCUAUAUAUAUAUAUAUAUAUAUAUAUAUAUAUAUAUAUAUACACACACACUACAGCACCACUACACACAUUACGCUCCAGAUAUACACUAGAUCCCUUACCCUAUAUGCACUCUUAAUCAUAUAUAUAUCACACACAGUCCUUUACACAGUAGAUCUCCUCCACACACUACAUUCCUUGUCAGCAAACACAUACAACAUUCUCUAAACACACCCUCUCUGCAACCCCUACACACACUACGUCACCUAUACACACACUUCAGCCCGUAUGCACACUCGCUGCAUCCCCUAUAAAACUAUGCCCCCUAUACACACUCUCUACAGCCCCUAGCCACACAUCACCACAAAUUAAAUUGACCUAUUUAUACAAUACCACACCACACUCUACACACACGCAAUCCCACAAGCAGGCUCCAAACAUAUGCACCAUGCCCUUUCCUGGCCCUUUGUCCUCUGGUAUCCCACUUUUAGAGACACCAGAGACAAUUUAAAAGCAAACACAACGCAAGCAUGUUAUUAAAUUUGCUUGCGCUGCGCAGAACAAACUCAGGGCCUUUUUCUAAUGCCAGAGCUCUUCAGCAGGGCUCUGGGCAUUGAACCAACAUGCUCACUUUGAGAGGGGGCGUGUUGUCAUUAGUGAUGACAAAACACACUCUCUGGCCCCGACCCCUUCUUAGGGGGCUGCUCUGAUUGAAAAAUGCCUGGGCCUAAUUUUUUUUUUUUCCCCCAGUCUGGCCCUGGUCCCAGCCGUUCGAGAGAUGGAGACCGCCCAGAAAGGGGUACUUAACCUGCGGUUAACCGCAAGAGCAACGUUCUAACUGAUGCCACACGCCAGAAUGCAGGUGGCUCCUGUUCGUGAGUCUUUCGGCAGAUUCCCUUUGGGGGAAUUGCAUACGAACGUGGGUCCCCUGGGACCGUCGAUUAGUUGGUGGUUAACCGCAGUGCCUUGUGCGGUUAAUGAGAGGCACACGCCGCUCGUAGGGUGGUUGGUUAUUCGAUACGUUUAGAGGUGACUGCAUACAACAAGGGCUGGGUGGUCCCUUGUUUGUACAUGCGCUUUAUAAUGGUUCAUGCAAUGCAUUCGUACGGUCUGAAUGCCGACAUAAUAGGGUUUUUAAUCGAAAAGCGGUUAUGUUGUAACAGUAUAAAGCAGGGGUAGGCAACCUUUUAGCAGCACUGUGCCGAUAUAGGAUUGUGAUGUCCCGUAGCGUGCCGAUCCUAAUUUUUUAAAUUGAGGUGUGUAUGCUGCAGUAUUCUGCUUGUUUUUACUGUAUCGUAUUUGUGCGUAUAUGAGCUAUUAUAUUGUAUAUGUUCAUUAGUAGUUUAUGGUAUCGUGUAUGAUACAUAUGAAUGUGGGCUGUGUAUGAGGGCUGCUUGUGGAAUUGUGUGUGGAUGGAUAUGUCACAUUGUGUUUGGUAGUGUUUGGGGUGCUGCAUGUGGGGUUGUGUGCAUGUAUGUAUAUUUAGUGGUGUUGCGUUUGUGGGGAUUGUGUGUGGGGGCUGUUCAUAUUUGUGCGUGGGUAGGGUUAUUCUACACUUCUGUGUAUAUCUAGCAGUGUGGAUGGGUUCCACUGGGGACUAGGCUGGCCAGGUACAGGUCAAGGACAGGAGCUGCGAUAGCUGUCGAGGGCUGCUCUACUACAGUGUGGAUUCCCAUUCACAAGUGCUGGGAGGAAGUGAUCUGAGAUCACUUCCUCUGUGCUGCAAUGCAUAAAUUGAGGAUUGUCCUUCACCACCUCUUUGUAUUAGCAGAUAUCUGAAGUUUUACUGGGACUCCUGAUAGCCCAGAGUGCGUUAGGCUCUAGCAGCCUUGAGUGCCGUGCAAAGACACCUCGAGUGCCGUAGGUUGCCUACCCCUGGUAUAGAGUCUUUGUAACACUCUACAACAGGUGAACUGACAGAUGCGUUGGAUGCAUAGGUACAGAGGGUGUAGUGUAAUGACAAAUUAAACGGUCAAUACUUUGCAGUAAACAAAAAUUUGACCAGGGAAUUGCAAACUGCCAUAUCUAGCUUCACUAUUUUGGCUGUUUCAUGUUAGAAUAUUUCUCCAACUUCUGAAUGUCUAAAAGUGUCUCCAUGAUCAUAAAUGUGACACUCCAGAAUCCUAAAGAACUUCAGCUUGUGUAUUUCUGUAAACUGAGCGUAAGUGCACAUUUUCUAAACUAAUCUUGCAACACCCCUCUGGCUGGUCAUGUUGAUCUGAUUAUACCUUGCAAUAUGUUUAUGCUUUUUAUUUCUCUCCCUUCCCUAUUUGAAGUUCUCUGGAGAUCCCAUCUUAAACACUCCAUUAACUGUGGAAGUUGUAUUUGUUAACCCACUUGAAGAGGAUGUUGAAAAUGGACAUGUUUUGAUUGAAGGCUGUGGCCUGGUGAAAAAUAUACUUUCAAGGCCGUAAGUACAAGUCUUUCCACUUUUGGAGAACAAAAAAAUUACCCUUCGCCCCCAUAAUGCCAGUGUAGCUAUAUUGACGUUAUUGUGUUUAGUAAGGUUUUCAAUUAACUAAAUUGUAUAUUUCUGAUUUAAUAGAAGUUGAUUUUUAAAGCAUUUACCCAUCUUGUCUAUGGCCAUAUCUUGACUUAGAAUAAACUUUUUAUAUUUUAUUUUCUUUGUGGUUUAUCUAAAUGUUGAAUUUAAAGUCAAAUUAAGACGUGGCAUAUGUCUACAACUCCUUCUCCUUCUGCCCUGUCACGCCAAGGGUGCACAAUAGAAUAUUGCCAUUUAAUGUAACAUGUAGUGCAUAUAUGAAUUGACCACUUGGUAGAGAUCAGAUGACCGGAGUAACGUAAAUUGCACUGGAAUGUGAAAAGGGUCAGACUGUUAACCAUAUGGAUAAAUCCUUUGAUUAAUCAAAGGCUCUGCAAGGUUUGAGAAUUCACACAAGUGGCCUGGAAGUCUGGUGUAAAUAUAAACCCUCUAAUGUGCCAUAUGUCUAGAUUCCUUUUUAGAUGAGGGGUCCUUUGCUAUGUUAAUGUAGUGGUUCCCAACCCAGUCCUCAAGGCACCCUGACCAGUCCAGGGUUUAGGGAUUACCCAGUUGUCUAAGGUGUUUUUACAAAGAAGAAAAAUCCUUGAGGACUGGGUUGGGAACCACUGCGUUAAUGGCCAUUAGCCUUGUGCUCAAGUAUCUCAUCCCCAAAAAAGUAAUAUUUACCCACAGAAGCUUAUAUUUGGAACUGGACAAGCACACUUCUAAUAAAGGCCAAACAUGAUUUGCGUAACUGAACCAUAGGGGAAGGGAUUGUGAUGUCUGCUAUAUUGGGUCUAUGGAAUGUAAAAAUGGUAACAAUCAUAUAUGCAACUAUUUCUAUGGUACUGGAAGUCUAAAAAUACACCAACGCUUCCUAUAAGGAAACAUGUGGCUAGGUCUGCAUAAACAAAAAACAGAUAUUGGACUCCUAAAUGGCAGAGAACGGAGCAGUAGACUGCAGGCCACGACACUGUCUAUCUGCUGCACACAGAAUGUUCAAAACCUCCAUGGGAGGUCCAGCCCAAGUGGCAAUAGCCUUUUGCAUAAUUUUCCACUAUUAUGAAGUCAUGCCUCUUCUGGGUCUUGGAGUAAGCUUGCAGCUCUGGCUAUGUAGUGUUAAGUGUAGCAGAGAACUCUACUAGAAGUGUGAUGUUCUCUUAUUACAGUAAUGAGAAUCCUGCUGACCAUGUCUUGCCCAAUCUGUCUGCACCCUUGUUUAAUAAUGUAAAAGACUUGUAGAAAUUGUAACUUUCUUCCUUGCCAUCAUUUAUCACCGGCUUUAGUUAAGCCUAACUCUCUUCCUGCUGUAAGAAUUAAAAAAAGCUAUUCACCUGGCAGUAGUGCUGUAAUGUAAUAAAUAAAAACUUUUUUCAAUUUCCUUUCAGUGUGCCGCUUGUGAAGCCAGCCGAAACUUCCAUAACCAAAUUUGACUUCACGCCAUACAAAGCUGGGCUGAAGUGUCUCAUAGCAAAUUUCUCUUCUGACAAAUUCUCUGGUGUGAAGGCUUUUCAGAUGAUUACUGUUGUUGAUGCAGUUGUUGCAUAAAAACUGUAAAUUUGUCGUUACUGUAACACAUUCCACAAAAGUGUUCUAAACUGCGACUUUUCUGACCGCAACUUUAAAAAUAAAC